AUGGCUGACGAUCAAAUUAAGUCACUAAAAUCACAAAGAGCAAAUUUAAAAGGUCAGAUAACUAGGUUCAGUAAUUAUCUAACAAGUAAUAAAGACAAGCUGGAUCAGUAUGAGCUAAUGGCUAGGCUCGAAAAGGUUGAAGAGACGUUAAGCAAAUUUGAUAUAUGUCAGUCAGCUUUAGAGUCCUUGGUGGACAAUGAAGAUCACAAUAGUGAGAGAGAUAGUUUUGAAUCGGCAUAUUAUGCAGCUGUUUCAAAAGCUCGUUCGAUUUUGGGUGGCUCCAUAGCUAGCGGUUCACACCUUUCAUCAGAAUCGUCUCAAAUGUCUGAUCCAAUUGUAAAUAUUAAGUUACCUCCCCUCAGUUUAGUUCAAUUUGACGGAAACCUGGAAAAAUUUAUGCAGUUUUAUGAUUCAUUUAACAAUAUUAUUCAUACUAAUAAAAAUCUGUCAGCCAUUCAAAAGUUUUAUUACCUUUCUUCUUCAUUAAAAGGAGAAGCGCUACAAACAAUUCAAUCCUUGCAGGUCAGCGAUGCAAACUACUCUGUAGCUUGGGACCUUAUAUGCCAGAGAUAUAAGAAUUCGCGCUUAAUUAUAAAUAGCCACAUAAAGGCUCUAUUCGAAAUUCCUUCUCUAAAUAAAGAAUCCAGGGAGGACUUAAGAAAUCUCUUAGAUACUUUACAAAAAAAUAUUCGUGCCUUGGAAAAUCUUAAGCAGUCCGUUAAGGAAUGGGACUCUAUAAUUAUUUUCCUCGUGUCAUCCAAGCUAGACAAUAAAACAAGAAAGGAGUGGGAAUUAUCUUUAUCAGAUGUAACCACAUUGCCUUCUUAUGAGGAAUUCAUUAAAUUUCUUUCUACCCGUUGUCAGGCUUUGGAAAUGUUAGAAUUCAAAUCAGAUACUACUAACGAAAGCUCUCGCGAAGUUAGAAAGUCAAAAAAUAGGUCUUAUACCCAUGUUUCUCAACAGAAUAAUAGAAUAUGUAGUUUUUGCAAAGGAUCUCAUUUAAUAUAUUAUUGUCAAGGUUUCUUAAAACUUACUGUUGACAAUCGGAUAAAGGAAAUUAGAAAAUUGAGACUUUGCACUAAAUGCUUACGAGCAGGUCAUGCUAACAAGGAUUGUAGAAGUGAAGAUUGUCGCAAAUGCAACAGGAAUCACAACAUGUUGCUACACUUAGAAAAAUCGACCAAUCAAAAUAAUCCGUCGACGAGCACUGAAGUUGGAGAAGAAACUUCAAGUGAUAGACAGGUAAAUCUGUUUUCUUCAAGUUUAGAAAAUAAGGAUGAGUUGUAUUUUCCAACUAAUGAAACAGUACUAGCGAGUAGUGACUCAAGUUCAUAUAUUUUACUCUCUACUGCGAAUAUUUAUAUUCAAGAUAAAAGUGGAUGCUUUGUAAAAUGCAGAGCUCUUCUAGAUUCCGCAAGUCAAUCAAACUACAUGACUUAUAAUUGUCUGACAAAACUAGGUCUUAAUAAAUCUAACGUAGAUAUUUCUACGUCCGGUAUAAGUAAAAAGUUGGUAAGAAUAAACCAUUCAACUAAAGCUAAAAUAUAUUCAAUGAACAAGUCAUUUCAUGCAGAUCUUAGUUUUUUGGCGUUAGAAAAAAUAACGGACAACUUGCCGGGUAUAUCUUUUAACAGGGAGGCCAUCAACUUUCCUAAAAAUAUUCAACUUGCAGACACUGACUUUAAUCAAUCUAAACCUAUUGAGGUAUUGUUAGGUGCUAGUAUAUUUUGGUCACUAAUGUGUGUUGGCCAGAUAAAAUGUGGCAAGAACAUGCCUGUGCUCCAGAAGACGCAUCUUGGCUGGAUACUCUCCGGACCUAUAAGUUUAUUUAAUUCUUGUAAUAAUAUAUGCAAUCUAAACAUAAAAAAUCUUGAUAUUCAAGAAAAGCUAGAAAAAUUCUGGAAGCUUGAGGAAUGUCCGACUACUACUCGGCUAUCCCAAGAAGAAUUAGAGUGCGAAGAGCACUUCAAACAAACUACUUCUAGAGGUAGUGACGGCAAAUUCAUUCAAUAUCCCGAAGAGAGUCGUAUAAUUUUAAGGGACUUCUAUGUGGAUGAUUUAAUCACUGGGGCCUCUACGAUUGAGGAAGCCCAGAAAUUUAAAUGUAACAUCUCAGCCAUGCUGUCAGAUGCGGGUUUUAUACUCCGUAAAUGGGCGUCUAAUGACCAGAAAAUUUUGGAAGGUGAUAACGAUAUAAAUUUACCACAGUACUUCAUUACAGACGACAAAACAGUAAAAACCUUGGGUUUGAUUUGGGAUUCCAAUAACGAUGAAUUAGGUUAUUCGCGGCAGUUCAACGGGGGCGGCAUGUUCAGUUCCAUGAACAAAGAAGUGAAAGCUGGCAACGACGCGAAAUAUUUGUGA